AUGACCUCCAAAUCUCCAACAUCCAGUACCAUACCGACCAAUCAGCCACCGAGGUCAGAUCUCGUUCUUGACCCCCGCGAAAACGACCUCGUCGCCGUCAAUUUUGGGACUGGAGGCGAAGGCAGGCAAGGCGCCAACAUGCUUUCACGGCACCUUCAUGGCCCGGCCAGACUCACAUUCUCUACUCCCCGCUUCAACAUCAGACUCCAACACUCGCUCUUCGUUGCCACACUCAAUGCCUUUUCAUACGGUACACACCACUUCCAACAACAAACCCUUGGGCAAAUCUACCUAGGGUGA